UAAAAUCUGUUACACAGUCGGACUAUCCCCAAAUAAAUUGCGAGUGAAGCAGUCGAGUCAAAUCACAAAUUAAACAUUUUUCCUCCACAAAAUCACACCUUAAAAAAUGAAUCCUGACAAUUCUCGUAGAUUGCUAAUAAUCGGGGGUCGUGGUGCACUGGGCUCUGCGCUAAUUGACCAUUUUAAAUCGGAAGGCUACUUCGUUGCCAGUGUCGAUCGGGGACAAAAUUCAAAGUCACACUUUCCCAUUUCAUUAGAGGAAGUUGCAUCUGCUACUUUGGAACAACAGGUUCACCUUGUAAACGAAAAAUUGGAGAAACUCGCCCCCCUAAAAUUCCACGGGAUCCUUUGCGUCGCGGGGGGUUGGGCCGGAGGAAAUGUAAAGGAUUCCAAUUUUCUCGCAAACGUCGACCUAAUGUGGAAACAAAACAUGCACUCGUCCCUCUUGGCGGCAUGCAUUGCCACGAAUCAUCUCGCCGAGGGUGGCGUCCUCGUCCUGACCGGCGCUUAUCUCGCCCUCACCCCAACGCCCGGCAUGAUCGCGUACGGACUGGCAAAGGCCGGAGUUCAUCACCUCGUUAAAAGCCUAGCCAGUGAGGAGAGCGGACUUCCUGAGGGGACUAAAAUUUUCGGCAUUCUUCCAAUAACAUUGGAUACUCCUAAUAACCGGAAAUGCAUGCCUGGUGCGGAUACGGGGACAUGGACGCCACUAAAUUUUAUUGCGAGUCUGCUCCAAACCUGGAUCGAAAACGACCCAGCCACCCCCCUCAGCGGAAGUCUAGUCUCACUCCUUACCCACGAUGGAAACACCACCACUCAAAUCAACUAAAAUAAAACACCAUAAAAAAUAGAAAUUUGAAGUUUGGAGUAUUAAUUACCAUAAAAAAUAUUGAUAACAAAAUACAAGUGUAGUAAACCAAGGGACCAAUUCCACAACCUGUAUACUAACUUAUACAUACGCCGUAGUACAUCACCUAGUAGAAAAUUAUGCUAUACUUAAAUGCCAAAUUACUUAUUAUUCCUUAUUAAACUAAAAUAUCAUUCCAAAAUCAGAUUUGCCAUUGCUAAUGUACAUACCUAAGUAAAUAGCCACAGAAAUUUGCAUAGACAGGAUGGAAUCUUAGGAAAUUAAUUACAUGCAUGUAGAAAAACAAAUACUAUAAAAAUCAUGAUACUCAAAGUAAAAACUACGGGACCAAACCAAUUCUAGUAAAAUAUUUAGUAAAAAGUUGUAAUAAAUAGUUAAAACAAAUUAUAAA